GCUCCUCGAAAGAAGAUUUAAAUGAGCAUGUCCUUCUUGGCAAAGCCAGCAACUUCGACAAAAACAUGUUCUACGGUGUUUGGUCUUAUUGUUAGACAUUGCUCUAAGGUUCCAGUGAAAAGAACAAAGCUGACUCCACUGCUGACCCUUAGGGAAGUCGACAAAGAAAGUUUAACUCAGAAUCCUAUAAAAUUCAUACCUAAAAACAAACCUCUUGUUGUUGUUUUCGAAUGGUUGUAUGCAAAUCAGAAUGCUUUAAAUAAGUAUUGUGACAUUUAUCACGAUAUUGGACUUGAUGUGUUAACAGUGCGCGGAAAGCUAGUUCAUUUUCUAUGGCCACCGAGAGGAGAGAUAUUUGCAAGGACACUACUUAACUAUCUUUUAAAUGAAAGGCCAAAAGACGAACACAUAUUUAUCCAUGCAUUUUCAGUUGGGGCUUAUAAUUAUACUAUAUGUGAAACUCUAGCACUAGAAAGUAACACACAAUUCGGAUCCUUUAGAGAUAAGGUCAUAGGUCAAGUUUUUGAUAGCAUUGUCGUUGGCACGUAUGAAAACAUGUCUACGGGAAUAGCUGCUGCCCUUCAUGACAGUGGCGUUCUGACAAAACCGAUAAUUGCCAUAAUGGAUGUUUAUUACAAAACUACUAAUAAAAAGACUAAAGAAGUUUACGACAAACUGGUUCAAAAUUUUAAAGAAGAUCCAGUGGUUGUUCCUACUCUGAUGUACUUCUCCCACAAUGACCCAAUGUGUCACGUGCCGACUAUGAUGGAGAUGGUAUCAGACUGGAAUAAUAAGUUUCCACAGUUCGAUGUGACGGUCAAGUCGUGGGAAAAAUCUGUACAUGCUGCUCAUCUGAAGUUUCACAAAGAAGAAUAUCUCGGUAGUUGGUUGGAACUUAUAAACAAGGUUAUUCAAAAUAAACAAGACAUUUGAC